AUGGACGGAGAUCCGCACGUCGAGCCGGAGCUGGACUCCUUUACGCGCUGGCUUCCUCUGCCCUACCGCGUGGCCAUGAUCAUAGUACUGGGUGUCUGGGCAUGGGGCGCCAAUCUCCACUACCUCUACCUCAUCCGCAUUGACGUCCCGUCCUUGAUCAAAUACCCCGGCCGCCCAUCCGCCACACACCCUCCCCAUCAUCUGUCCACCUAUCGCCUAGCCACACUGCUCACAAUCCCGCUGGCCGUCUCCCUGCUUCUCUUCUGGACCAUCACACAUGGAGAUCCUGCGCGCGUCGUGGAUUGGGAGGUCCUUCCGAACCUCUAUCUGGUCGUCAUGGUGCUCUGCGUCGUGUUGCCCUGGCAUUCGCUUUCGCGCUCAGGCCGGUUCCGCUUCAUGGCAACCCUCAAGCGCAUCAGCAUUGGCGGCAUUGCCGACGCGCAGGACGGCAGAUUCGGCGACAUCCUGAUGGCCGAUGCUCUGACAUCGUAUGCCAAAGUCCUCGGCGACCUCUUCGUCACGCUCUGUAUGAUGUUCUCGUCCACGCGACACUCGACCGGCAAGCCCGAGCGUGGCUGCGGCGGCGCCUUCUGGGUGCCGUUCAUCAUCAGCAUCCCCAGCUUGAUCCGGCUGCGGCAGUGCCUGAUUGAGUACUUGCGCGUGCGCCGCAGCAAUGCGCGCAGCGGCACCAUUGGAGCGCACGGCUGGGGCGGCCAGCACCUUGCCAACGCGCUCAAGUAUUCCAGCGCCUUCCCCGUCAUCGUGCUCAGCGCCCUGCAGCGCGGCUAUGACCCUGCAUCCUUUGGCAUGUCCGAGGCCGGCCUCUUUCGCCUCUGGCUCGCAGCCGUUCUGGCGAACUCGUUUUAUUCAUUCUAUUGGGACGUCGCAAAGGAUUGGGACCUCACACUGUUCUCUUCUGAACGAAGCAACCCCGAGCAUCCCUGGGGACUGCGCCGCCACCGCUGGAUCCAUGCCAAGGAGAUGUAUUACACGGCCAUCGUCGUAGACUUCUUCCUUAGGUGCACCUGGAGUAUCAAACUCAGCCCGCAUCUCGACCAUUUCAACGAUCUGGAGGGUGGCAUUUUUAUGAUGCAAUUUUUGGAGGUAUUUAGGAGAUGGAUUUGGAUCUUUUUCAGAGUGGAGACGGAGUGGACUCGGAAUAACCGUGGCCCAGCCCCUGAUGAUAUCCUUCUCGGUGAUUUCCACCAUCAGAAUGGCCAUAAGUUCGACGACGAGGAGUAA